GUACGCUGUGUCCCUCGGACACAGCAGACCACCAAUCAUGGAAAGAGCCGAAGAUGUCGGCUCGGUCAUGUGAUCAGCUGUGUCCAAUCACAGCUGAUCACAUGGGACAUGUGCACUGAUCAUCAGGGCACUGAUGAUCAGUGUGCCCUGAUGAUCAGUGUAGCCCCAGCAGUGCCACCUGUCAGUAUCCAUCAGUGCCUUGUGUCAGUGCUCAUCAGUGCCUCGUGCCAGUGCCCAUCAAUGCCACAUAUCAGUGCCCAUCUGAGCUGCCUUUCAGUGCCACCCAUCAGUGCCAGUCAGUGCCACCUAUCAGUGCUGCCAAUCAGUGCUGCAUAUCCGUGCCAGUCAGUGCCACCUAUCAAUGCCAGUCAGUGCCGCCUAUCAGUG